UUUGCGUUUCAUCAGCUGGUCUCUCACUGGCGGGUAGAGGCUCAUCUACCUCCGCGUCGCGCUCUUGUAUUCUCCUGGGGUUUUAUUCAUAGGUUCUUGGGGUUGCCAAAUAUGGCUGCAGUUGUUACCAGACACAAGCAUUUCGGUCAAGAAUACCUCAGUACUGAGUCUAAAUAUGUUGUUCAGGAAUCCUCCAGCUCUGCGGCAGAAGAGGUGAAGUAUCAAUACCAAACACAGAAGAGAAUCCAGGGAGUGGUGGAGAAGAAGAUGCCUGAGAAAUACAUCCGUGAGGAGUCCAUGAUCAGGGGCCCCAAGUUUGUGGUUAGACUGAGGUCCCAUACAGUGUAUGAAAACAGUGCUAUUAAACUUUUCUGCACUGUGGAGGGAUAUCCCACUCCACAAGUCAAAUGGUUCAAGGAUGAUGUCAUCUUGGACGUUUCUUCUGGAAAGUACUUUGUGGAGAGCAAUGCUGGAUUCCAUGCCCUCUCCAUCCUCAAGUGUGCAACUGAUGACACUGCAAUGUACACAGCAGUAGCCUCAAACACUCAUGGACAGGCCUCCUCCCAGGCCUCCAUCAUUGUGAAGAGGUGCAAAGAGGAAGAAAUGUCCACGCCUUAUUCUUGGAUGCCUUACCAGUAUGCCGUUUUACCUGAGAUCAAGUAUACUAAGAUUAACAUCACCUUCACUGAGACGUUUGACGUGACCUUUGGAAAAGAAGGAGAUAAGGCAACUUUGACCUGCAGGAUGACUAUUAACCCCAACCUGGCUAACCUGCAGCCUGAGGCGAUGUGGUACAGAGAUGAGCACCUCCUGAAAGAGUCGAGGUGGGUGAAAAUGGAGUCUGGCGGAGGUGUUGCCAAGCUCACGCUUACUCAGCUCGCUAAGGAUGAUGAGGGUCUUUACACCCUCCGCAUGGUCACCAAGGGAGGCGAUGCAGUCCACAGGGCUUACGUCUUCGUUGAUGAUGGUCCACCUCCAGUUCCUCAAGCUCCCGGAGCCCCAAUGGACAUUAAGAUCCAUGAUGCAAAUAGAGAUUAUGUCAUUGUGUCCUGGAAACCUCCUAACACCACCACUGAAGGCCCCAUCAUUGGAUACUUUGUUGACAGAUGUGAAGUUGGAACAGAGACCUGGAUGCAGUGUAAUGACUCCCCUGUAAAGAUAUGCAAGUAUGCUGUGCAGGGCCUGUUUGAGGGGCACUCUUAUUACUUUCGCGUGCGUGCCGUCAACUCUCGGGGCAUUGGCAGACCCUCCAGAAUGUCUGAGCCUAUUGCCGCUCUGGACCCUACAGAGUUUGAGAGAAUUCAUGCAAAACUAGGUGGAAGACAUGACGUUGUGACUUACUAUGAUGACCUUGAAGACGAGGGAAAAGCUCCGGGACCUCCCUCUAAAGUCUGUGCUUCAGAGACGGACCGAACAUAUGUUGUGCUCAGUUGGGUCCCUCCAGUCUACCAUAGCAAAGCCCCCAUGUGGUAUUACAUUGAGAAGCUUCAAGUCGGAGCUGGAUCCUGGCAGAGAGUGAACACUAAAGUACCCAUCAGAUCUCCUCGCUAUGCCGUCUUCGACCUACUAGAGGGGAAGGAUUAUCAGUUCCGUGUGGUGUCUGCUAAUAUGUACGGCAUCAGUGAGCCUUCUGAGCCCACCGACACUGUAACAACCCUGCAGCUAAAGGGUGUGCCCUCAGCUCCUGGACAAGUCAUUGCAACCAGAGAGACAGACACUUCUGUUCUAAUCCAGUGGGUGCCUCCAAAGGAUCCCAAUAACCUGAUUGGAUAUUACAUUGAUUCCUGUGUGAAAGGAUCUAAGAACUGGACCUCUGCCAAUCACAAGCCCCAUAAGCAGACUAGGUUUGUUGUGCAUGGACUGACCACUGGUGAGACGUAUGUCUUCCGUGUUCAAGCUAUCAAUGAGCUGGGUCUCAGCGAUGAAUCCCAGGAAUCGGCCCCUCUUUCUGUGAGAGCAGUUAUUAAGCUGCCCUCUUCCCCUUAUGACUUAUCUCUUCUCUACUGUGACGGGGAAUCCAUGGUUCUCAGCUGGAAGCAGCCCCUCCGUUCUGGAGGAGCAGACGUCACUGAUUAUUACAUUGACAAAUGCAAUGUGGCCAAGAAGACAUGGAAGGAGGUCAACGUCCCACCCAUUAAGGAAAGACUGCACAAGGCUGGAGGUCUGACAGCUGGGUCAGUGUAUCAGUUUAGGGUCUAUGGAGCUAAUAUGAUUGGACUGGGUGAUGCCUCGACCCCUAGCACUCCCUUCAAAUGUGAGGCUUGGACUACGCCUGAGCCAGGUCCAGCCUAUGAUGUGACCUUCACUGAAGUAAGGGAUGAUUCAGUGGUGGUGGAGUGGAAGGCUCCUGUCUACAGCGGCGCCAGUGCCAUCACUGGAUACUUUGUUGAGAAAUCCAAGAAAGGCUCGGAUAACUGGAGCAAAGUCAACGAAAGUUCAGUCAACCACUGCUAUCUUAAGGUCAAGGGUCUAGAAACAGGCGAGUCUUAUGUGUUCCGUGUGCGGGCAGAGAACGCCAAUGGCAUUGGCUUGGCUUCAACCCUCUCUGACCCUGUGUGCAUCAAGACACUGCCAGGCGCCCAGGAAAUCAAAUGUGGCGUCGAUGAGGAAUCAGGUGACAUUUAUCUCUCUUUUGAAAGCUGCCAAAUGGCGGAGAAAUCAAAGUUUGUGUGGAAGAAGUCCUACCAAGAAAUUACUGACUUCUCUAAGGGAAUCGCCGUGAAGACAUCAGGCAGCCACUCAACUUUGCUUUUUAAGAACCCAGACAAAGAGGAUUUGGGCACAUACUCUGUGUCUGUUACACAUACUGAUGGUGCCUCCGCCAGCUACAAAAUCUCAGCAGAAGAGCUGGAGAAGAUGUUGGCCCUCAGCCAUGACAUACGCAACCCAAUUAUUCCUCUGAAGACUGAACUGGCCUAUAAGAUUCUAGAGAGAGGCCGUAUGCGCUUUUGGCUGCAAGCUGAGGGCAUCUCCUCUGCCGUGACCUACAAAUUCUUUGCCAAUAACAAGGAGCUUGUCAACUGUGAGCAAACUAAAAUGAGUCACGACGCAGCUACGGGCAUUAUUGAGAUGGUGAUGGAUCAUUUCACUGUCGAAAGCGAGGGCACUUUCACCGUGCAGAUCCAAGAUGGCAGAGGCAAGGCCCAGUCCUCUCUGGUGCUGAUGGGAAACGCCUUCAAGGCAGCGCUGGCUGAGGCGGAAUACCAAAGGAGGGAGUACAUCCGUGUGAAAGAGGGCCCUCACUUUAUGGAGUUCCUCUCCAUUCAAGUUGGGGAUAAUGCCUCUGUCACUCUUGUUUGCAAGGUGGCCAAUUUGAAGAAGGACUCUGUGUUCCAAUGGUAUAAGGACGAUGUAGAGGUGAUUUCUGAAGUGCCUGCUGACCUGAACUCAGGAGUCUGCAAGUUCCCCCUAACUAAUUUCUCCAAGAGGGAUGUGGGACUAUAUAAAGCAACCAUCACCGAUGACAGAGGCCAAGAUGUGUCACAGAUUGAUGUUUCUGGCAAAGCUUUUGAUGACAUCAUUAACAAGCUCAGUCGUCUCGCUGGAUCCAGUGCCUCUGAGUUGUCGAUUCAGUGCACUGCGGAGGGCAUUAUGCUUCAGUGCCAUAUGAAAUAUUACACCGAGGAGAUGAAGAUCCACUGGAAACAAAAGGAUUCUAAAAUUGCUGCAUCAGAAAGGAUGAGAAUUGGUGGCAACCCAGCAAUGGCAACUUUGGAGAUAGUUGAACCUACUGAUAAGGAUAAAGGAAUGUACACUAUUGAGAUUGUGGAUCCCGAGAAGACACAUUCUCGUACCCUGGACCUCUCUGGACAACUCUACGACAACGCCUACGCAGAAUUCCAGAGACUCAAAGCGGAAGCAUAUGCUGAAAAGUAUCGUGGCAAAGUGGUUGGUGGUCUUCCUGAUGUUGUGACUAUCAUGGAAAAGAAGACUCUGAGUCUGACCUGCACAGUCUGUGGUGACCCCAAACCUCUGGUCAGCUGGUCUAAGAAUGAUCAUGAAGUAGAACCCAGCGAUCAGUACGUUAUUGCCAUGGACUCGGGCAAGUUCGCCAGCCUCACUAUCAAAGGCGUGUCCCUGGAGGACUCCGGUAAAUACACCAUGACGGUCCAAAACAAGUACGGCGGCGAGUCGGUGGACAUCAUCGUCAGCGUGUACAAACACGGCGACAGGGUUCCGGACAUCAAACCCACACCUUCACCCAAAAGGAUCAUGCCUCCCACGGUUCCCAUCGUAAUUCCCACUGCCAAGUCUGCCACCCCCGCCCCUGCUGCGGCCAAGUCUCCUGCUCCUCCCCAAAAUGCCAAAUCCUCUGCUCCGCCCCGUGGCAUGAAGUCCCCAACUCCCACCAGGAAGAAGUAACAGCAUAGCCUUUGCCUCUCGUGCACCCCAACAGCACAAAAACAACUAGAUUUACAUUUCCGGUAGGAAAUAUCAGUUUGCAAGGCAGCAAAGGAAGUUUGGGUUUAGGAUUUUGGUUCAUGUCUUGUUUUCUUCCAGCUAUAGACAGUCUAUCAACAAAAUCAACAUAGUUUAUUAUUUGGCUAUGAAGGAGUAAUGGUGUUUUUUUUUCUUCUGAUUUUAAAAAUCAUUGUAAUCGUGAUAUGCAGACAAUAUAAAUCAUUUGUAGGUUGAUUCCCCUAAAAUGUGUAAAACGUUAGCUGCAUCUGAAAUCACAUACUAAUAGGUACUACAUUUUUAUUUGAAACUUAUUUCACAACCCAUUAAAAAAAGUAUGUUCUAUACAUGAGUAGCAUGAAUGAAAUUCAGACUUACUACAUUGUUACUGUCCUGUCACUCAGGAACAUUCAUUUCGUUGCUUUACAGCCAUCCACAUUGUCAUUUCAUGACUUCAUGGGAAAGUUAGAUGUCCAUCACAAAUGCACUCCAGAUUCUUGGUGGAAGAAUUAAAUAAUCUGAGUACUUUUUGCUUGCUGUUUUUCAAAUACUAUGAAUUCGGACAUACUACUCUUUUGAUGUGUUUUUUCACAUUUUAUAUAGUAUGAAAGCAGGCAUAUUUGGACACAAUUUUUAGCUCUGUGUUGCUCUGUUUGUUUGAGCAUCCAUACCAGCUCAUAACACAUCAACUUUUGCACAACCAAUAUUGUGAGUUUAGGGAGGAGAUAUUCUUCUGACCAGUAGAAUAUGGGUUCAGCAACCCUGUUUGAAAACUGUUCCAAACCCGUAAGACCUUUCUUCAUCUUUGGAACACAAAUUAAGGUAUUUUUGAUGCAUUCUGAUACUCUCAUAGACAGCAAUGUAAGUAACAUGAUCAACAUCUAGAAAUGUAGCUGGGAGAUUGGUAAAAUAAUCCUUGUGACAUCAGGGUUUCAACUAAUUUUACGAAGCUACGAGAAUACUUUUUUCUACGUUUAUUUACGCUUUGAUCUGAAUGAAAACAACGGAUCUGUGUGGCGUAGCUGACAAAGAACAACAUACACCAUUUGCAUUCAGUGGAUAAUCUCCAAAAUGACGCUUCGGUGAUGCGGAGGAGACAAAUUGUUGAAUAAAGUCAUUAUUUUUGUUUACUUUGCUUACAAAAAGUAUUUUCGUAGCUUCCUAAAAUUACAGCUGAGCCCCUGAUGUCACAUGGAUUAUUUUACCAAUCUUCAUGCUAUGUUUCUGGACAUUGAUCUUGUUACUUACAUUGCUGUCAAUGGGAGGGUCAGAGAGCUCUCAGAAUGCAUCAAAAGUAUUGUAGUUUGUGUUCUGAAGAUGAACAGAGGUCUUACGGGUUUGGAAUGACAUGAGGGCAAGUUAUUGAUGACAACAUUUUCAUUUUGGGGUGGAGUAACCUUUUAGUACCCUUUAAAUACAGCAAGGGAGACAAGACCAGUUGCAAUUCAGUAAGCAAAUUAAACUCUGCAAGUCAGAAAUUGGCUGAAAAUGAUCUACAAAAUGUCUGUACAAUAGGCUGUUUGUGCUGAAAAAAAAAAUGCAGAAAGAUUUAGGUUUAAGAACAAAGCCUUAGGGAUUCGCCAUUAUUACAUUUCUGCCUGAUACCAAUAAGCUGAAAUUUAUUUUGACGUUACGGCUAAUAACCAAUAAAUAAUUGAUAAAAUUGUAUUUUGUGCAAUGAAUAAACACACUGAAAUAAAAUAAACAGUUUAACAAAUUAAUUUAGGCAUCAUCAUAUUAUAAAUUUAAAUAAAGACUAAAUUAUUAGUUAAUUAAGUGAGCAUUAGAAAAUGGCAAAGUUAAACAAGCACAAAUAAUAUUUAAAACCAAAAAACUUAGAAAUCUGUAAAAUCAACAGACAUACUGUGCAUUGUUCAAACCCAACCCAGAAUAUUUGAGUAAUAUCAAUAUAAUGCUGCCUUGCAAACACUAAUUGAACUAUAGUGCAUAAAUCAGUGAAUAAAGAAAGUAGAAUUGAAAAGUAGGUAGUAUUUUUCAUCGCAAAUGCAUCAUUGUAUCAUAAAAUGAGCAAGCAUCUGAUAUGAAAAGAAAGAGAAUAGGAAGUAUGUGUGAGGGAGGGUGGGGCAAGUGAUAUUUAGUGCCACAAGAAAAUGUGUGAAACAGUUUGUCAUCUGGGUUGCCUAAGCUGAGUGGGCCUCUAAUGAAUUUGGCUCCCUCUCCCCUGAGGUGCUUGGGGAAAAAGCUUUGAUGUUAGUUUAUUAAAUCUCUGUUUAAAAGCUGCUCUUUCAGUUAGCCACUGGAAUCCAGAGGCUUUUUUCUUUCUUUCUUUUUUUUUUUUUUUGCUUUCUCCGGUGGAUGGAUGGCUUUAGAGCGCAGGACCUCCACUUAGCCCCCAGCGGCAGCCACGAGACCAUCAGUGCUCCUCUCAACCUCGUCUCACGUCCUCACCUUUUUCUCUUGGUUUUGUGUUAAUAAAAGAGUUGGAAAUCA